ACCCGUCCGCUCUACCCACAAUCCCCCGCGGCAGGACAAGAUGGACGAAAGCAGCGGCCGCCGGAGAACAAUGUUUUGGCAAUAAAACCCACAAAAAAGCUGCGACUACGGAGAGAAUAUAGUCUCGUUUAAAAAACAAAUCAACUGCGGUCAUGUGUAGGAUAUUCUUCUCCUGCAUUCUUCUUUAGAUUUAAAGCCCUCCUUCUUCCCUGCACAAAGCAAAACCACCACCAUGAGUAUUAUCCAAGACAAAUUAGGCAAUGAGUUUUUGCGCAACGGUGGCAUGGAUCCCAAUUUUGCACCAGGUAUGCUUAUGUUCAGCCACCUGCCGCCUGUCACCAGCUUCACACGGCUGACCUCCCAGUCCGUUAUGGGCGAGCUUCCUCAGGAGAUGAUCCUGAAGAAAGAACGUGACUCGCCACCAGAACACCACGGCGACACUGCUGUGAAUACAGGGGGCUUCCUCCACAGUAUGGGCAUUAAGCAGGAGCGGCUAAGUGAGCUGGAUUACCGUAUGCCGCUCUAUGGUGGGGGUGGAGGAGUAGGGGGGAACUGUGCUGGAGGGGGCGCGGGGAAGAGUGUUACUGACAUGCCGGACAUGUCUUACGGCAACCACCACCACCACCACCACCACCAAAAUCACCAGAACAUGCUCCUGCAUGACCUCAGCCUCAGCAACGUCCGUUCCCUUGGAGAACCGAUGCCUGGAAGACCGAAUAAAGAGCCAAAAGAGUCCUCAGGGAGAAGAGGGCGGAGGAACAACGGGGAUGGGCAGGGAGGCAAAGCACGAAGGAAACGCAACGAUGCCACAAAGGCCAUGAUGCUGGAUGCAGAUGGAGCAUGCCUUUCCCCAAACUCAAAACCACAUAUCUGUGAGCACUGUAAUGCUGCCUUCCGCAGCUCCUACCACUUGCGCAGACAUGUGCUCAUACACACAGAUCGCACAGGUGAGAGGCCUUUCCGAUGCAGUCAGUGUAACAUGAGCUUCAUCCAGAAGUAUCUGCUCCAGCGGCACGAGAAGAUCCACAGUGGGGAGAAGCCUUUUAGCUGUGACCAGUGUAACAUGCGCUUUAUCCAGAAGUACCAUAUGGAGCGACACAAAAGGACGCACAGUGGCGAGAAGCCAUAUCGCUGCGAUACCUGCCAACAAUUUUUCUCAAGAACAGACCGGUUACUGAAGCACAAACGGACUUGUGGAGAAGCCAUAAAGAAGGGCCUGGACCCGAGCAUGCUGGAGCUCAGCGAAGCCGAGCUAGGCCAGGGCAGCUAUUCACUAACUCAGGGAAACUCUACCACCACCGGACGCAAGAGGGCCAAGUCCAAAAACGGUGAGGGCGGUGAGCGCAAGAGGAAGAAGAAUGCCUCAGCAUCAGCAGCUUCGUCCUCUGGGGGGAUGGGCCUGCAGGACUUCAGCAUGGAGCACCCCUCAGGCUCCGGCCCCACCAUGCAGGGACGUACUCCUAAGUUGGUUUUUAAAAAAGCUGGCCGAAAGGCCAUGGACAAGGGCCUGCUCUCUAUGGAAGACAGUGCUGAUGAACAAAAACGGCUGUGCCAGAAGCCUGGCUCCAUGGAUCACGUGGAGGUUUCUGGCCUUGAUAACAUGGGUCUACUCCAGGGAGGCGGGGGCAACAAGCAGGGUCCUACCACCAGCAGCAACUACGAUGAUGCAAUGCAGUUUGUGAAAAAGCGGCGCUACCUCCAUGCAGUUAACAAUGACUAUGGAGCCGGAUCACUGCACAUGGCAUCCCAGGGCAGCGGUGUCAUCCAGGGCUCCCUGGGGCCGGAGCCCACGCUGGCCAUGCUGGACUCCUCGCCUUUGGAUCUCAAGCACGACAAGUCGGGCAUUCCAGAUGAGGUACUGCAAAGCCUGCUAGAGCAUUAUAGCCAUAAGCCAGAGGGGACACACCACCAUGACGUGACUUUCGACCUGUCGGACCACCCACAUCACGUAGACCUCCAGCCGGCAGCCCCUGUUACCCCUGAGCUGGAGGAUGACUCGCCCAACGGUGGUGACAAGACCGCUGUGAUGAGUGAGUACUCAAAGUUCCUCCUGCAGGCCCUGGAGCGCACCAGCCAUAGUGGGCCCUUCCCCCUCCUUGGCCCAACAGGGCCUUUCCCACUCAUGUCCAGCAGCUCCAGUCCCACGGGGCCCCUGUUCUCAGACAAACACGUGUACAACACUUCCCCACUGGAUUGCGGCUACCCACCUUCAGUCUCCUCCCCGCUGCCCAUCGCCGCCCCUUCAUCAAACUCCUCCUCAUCCUCCUCCAAGUCCCACUAUGGCAUGCUCGUCAGCUCCCCCUCCCAGGCGGGCUACCACCUCAGCUUGGAACCCACUAGCCACCAGCAGCUGACUCCAUCUCAGGAGCUGACGGAGCAGUUGGAGAAGCAGCACUCCCCCGGCACCUUCAACCUACCUCCCCAGGACUUGACUGCCUCGACAGAGGGCUCCAAGGGGCAGCAGCCCAAGGCUGGAGGAAGUGCUGCACCAACCAACGGUUCCAGUUACCCAGACCUGUCCCCACUGAACCCCCCUAAAGAAACCACAUACCAGAUAGAGAACUUCGCCCAGGCCUUUGGCUCCCAGUUCAAGUCUGGGCGGGUGACCCCUCUGAGCUAUGGCAGUGAUCCUGGGGCAGAGGUCGACCACCGAAUACGGACUCCGGUGUCAGAAUUCUCAGGGUAUACCAGUUUGUUAGCUGACGUGAGUGAGCCAGUGAGUACAGGAUCAAAAACCCAGACAAGCCAAAGUUUCAGAUAAGGGUCAAACGAGGUGAAUCCAGUCGGGGCUGUUCUGUUACUGUCCACACAGUCCCAUCCUAAUUUUGUUCUUGUAGCAAAGUUUGUUUUUUAAACACUGCCAUUAAAUGUUAAUACAAAAUGACCAGGGAGGGUCUUUCAUGGCCUCAAAUGCAAUUUUUUUAAAUAUUCUCAUUUUUAUUAUGUAUUUAGUCGCCUAAUUUUUGUUUAAGAGUAGUGAUUUUGAUAUGAACGUACCGUAGAUUUAAAUGUAAUUUAAAACAUUUAGAGGGUAGCUAUGAACUUGCUUGAUUUUUUUAUUUUUUGGGAUUUUUUUUUUCUGAACCCUUGUGUUUUAUCAAUCAUCAAACCAUUGUAAGGUAAUAAUGAAUAAUGUUGAUAAUUUCAAUAAUAACAUUUGUGGCAGGGAAAGGCCCAGAAUUCAAAUUGCAAAAAAGUAUAUAUUGUCUGUUACAAGAAACAUUAACUCAGGAAAAAUAGGCAAAAAAUUGUGUAAUAAGACUUUGUAUUAUGAGAUGCAAUUAGCACAGUUUUUACAGGUGUACUUUGAGACUACAAAGCUUUGAUUUUUGUUUUUGUGUUUGUUUUUUGUUUUUCAAAACUCGUCAGAACAACAAAUUUACAAUACGUGAUAUCAUGUUUGGUUUCUGCUGCGUGUAGCUUUGUUGAGAUUAUGGUACUGUUGUGUCAAUGUGAAGACAUCCACAUUUCCUCUGAGAGCCACAUGUACACAUGGUAGUGUAGAUGGAAGUGGAGUUCAGCACACAGCAUGCUCUGAAGUGAAGAGGAUGUUGGAGCAUAACAGACUGUCCCGUCUGCAUUAAGCGGCGGUUGAUGAAGCCCGUCUAACCAUGCACUCCUCCCGUAAGUGGCCAGUAGAAACGACACAGCUUACACAAUAUUCAACCCGCUGCUGUUGCGGCUGAACAUCCAUCACUGAUAUUUAAGUCAUGCUGUUGUGUGAUUUUUUUUCUUUUCUUUCUUUUCUCCACUUUUCUACUCCACUCCUUCCCGUUCCUAUUUGUGUCAAUGGAAUCAAACAAGCACUUUUAAAAAAACAAAACAAAUCGUCAUUGGAAGCAACAACAACUCAUUCAAUUUGCAUUUGUGAUACGUGAUUAUUAUGCUAAUGCUUAUUAUUAUUUUAAGAGGAGAAAACUGUGAACUGGGGUUGGGAGGGAGGGAUUGUGGGUGGGGGGGCUGGAUUGUUUAAUGGGGUUUGAUAGGGGUUGACUAGGCAUGACCAUGGGCAUCUCAAUGUAUUUUGUUGCUUUUUCUCAAGGGCAGAAGAGGGGGGGGGGGGUUGUUUUUCUUACGGUUUGUCGGGUGAUUUUGUAAAAAGAUGAUUUGCCAUAAUUUUGUUAUACAACAUUUUGAGAGUACCUCUUUGUAUUUAAGUGUUUUGAGAGACGGGCUGACAUGCUGGAACCCUCGUAUCUUUGAACCCGUGGGUAUGUUGGAUGCACACCCAAACCCUUUUUAUUUAUUCUCCACUAGCCACAACAGAACUCGGUAGCAGAUAUUUUUGGCAAGUAAUCACCGGACCUGCACCCCCUAUACCCUCUCCGAUCGACUUUUUUUAUCAUUUUCUUUAACCUCACUGUUGUAGUAAUUGCAAGAAACUGCUUCAAUAAUACAGUUAAGAAACAGAAAAGUAAAGUUCUACCCUCCCCUCUCCCCCAAAAUGCAGCCCUGCACUCACAAGAUUAAACAAUGGCCUUCUUUGUCUUCCGUGGCUAAAGCCAUUCUAUCCCGGCAGCCAGGGUUGAUAUUUAAUUUAGUUGAUUUCCUGUGAGCCGAACACCCCCCCCCCCCCCCCCCUUCUCCUACUUCUGUGAGCUCCACAGCCAAGAGACUUUGAAGCUGCUCAGAUCACAGGGAACAAAGACUGACUGACCAGCCACCUCACCCCAAACACACACUAUGCUUUUAAAGGAGAGAAAAAGUGGGUGAGAGAUGGAGAAAAAAAAAAAAGACAA